AACCACAUUCUUGUUCGCGAUAUUUCCAAACUUGGAUAAUUGGAUAGUUCAAAAAAGAACCUCCCCGCCGGAUUGAACCGAACCCAGAUUUGAAUUGAUGUAUCAUCUGAAGACUACCAUGGAACCCUCACAUGUCAUGGGUUUGAACGUCCCGAUUUUCUGGGUCUGAACGUGAUCUAAUAUCAGGAUUCCCCGUUAGUUUCAAGAAAAGGACUUGUUGCUUCAUGCCAGAGCUUACAAUUUUGGAUAAUUUUGGUUGUAAAUCGGUUUAGUUUGUUUAGCCCAUUCAAAAAGACACAUAAUCGACUUGCUACGUAGGAUGAAACACCAAGUAUGGUUAAUUUGGUUGCUAGGAAAGCAACCCUAUCACCCCAUCACGUUUCCGUCGAUGCCGAUCUUUUUGACCGACAGCCGCAGGAAACGGCAUGUGGCCACCCCACCAGUUGCUGCCACAAGCCCUGAACGGCCCGGCUCGGUACGCUUCGCUGAAAGGAGUAGCGACCCCUGCCGCGACCUCAGUGAGCUGUGCCAAGAAGCGGCCGCAGUGGAGGUGGCCACGCUGCUGCUGGGUGGCCCUGAUGGACCUGUGCAGUCUGAGGCGCCAGCCUUCCAACGUGCCCACGCCGUGGCCAACCUGCUCCUCUCGGGUGGUGCCGCGCCCGCCACGGCGGCGUCGCCGCCGUACCUGCAGCGGCUGUGGAUGUUGCGCCGCGCGCGGCGACGGGUGCGGGCCAUUCGGCAGGUGAAGCAGGUGCUCUCCUUGCGCGACGAGCUGUUGCUGCGCAGCGCUUUCUCGUGCUGGUGCAAUCGCUCACAGUUGAGGCGCCUGGUGCUGUGUGGCAGGGCCAUUUCUGAGGCCAGUGCUGCGAAACGUGAAGCCACCCAGUGCUGCAAUGAUCGAUCUUCCCACUGCAUGUUGGCCUCCCAAGUCCUAAUGCAUUGGGGCCUGGCCACAGCUAGAGCCAUUCGAGGGAGGCCCAGAAUCGGCCUGGCAUGCAGAGAGGAGAGGCAAAGGCGCUUCGACGGCCUUGCAGCAGUGGUGCGCCGCGGCGAGGCCGCCUGCCGCUUGGUGCUGCUGUAUGCCUCUCUGCAUGCAUGGUCGGAUUGCCGCCGAACGCCGCCAAGGAGACCGGGUUCAGGUUUGCACGGAAUACACGCAGCGAAUGCCAAGGCCUGGACGUCAACGAGGCGUUUGCAGCGUGCUGUGCUGCUGUCCUGGGCCCACCUAACGCUGCGGCGAAGGGCGCAGAUGCAGGGCGAACGCCUGGCGCAGGCGGACAAAAAGUGGGGAUUUUGA